ACUUCCGGUCAGGGUGAAAGAUGGCGGCGCACGUGAUGCUGGUCCGCGGGGGACGGAGCGGGGUCGCCGGUUUCCGGGGCUGCCUCUCCCACUACCUGCUGGGCGUCUUGGGGACGGGAUCCCCGCCCAGCCCAGCCUCCCGCCUCUGCCCCCUCCUGCUGCGCAGCUUCGCUGUCGAGGCCAAGAAAACCUACGUGCGGGACAAGCCCCAUGUCAACGUGGGCACCAUCGGGCACGUGGACCACGGCAAGACCACGCUGACGGCUGCCAUCACCAAAAUCCUAGCUGAGACUGGAGGUGCCAAGUUCAAGAAGUACGAGGAGAUCGACAAUGCGCCAGAGGAGAAGGCUCGUGGCAUCACCAUCAACUCCUCCCAUGUGGAGUAUGCCACGGCCAACCGGCACUACGCCCACACCGACUGCCCCGGCCACGCCGACUACGUCAAGAACAUGAUCACUGGCACCGCUCCCUUAGACGGCUGCAUCCUCGUGGUGGCAGCGACAGACGGGCAGAUGCCGCAGACCCGAGAGCACUUGCUGCUGGCCAAACAGAUUGGGGUGCGGCACAUCGUGGUGUACAUCAACAAGGCGGACGCAGUGGAGGACCAGGAGAUGCUGGAGCUGGUGGAGCUGGAGAUCCGGGAGCUGCUCUCCGAGUUUGGCUACGAUGGGGAGAAGACGCCCGUCAUCGUGGGCUCUGCCCUCUGCGCCCUGGAGCACCGCAGCCCUGAGCUGGGACUGAACUCCAUCAUGAAGCUGCUGGACGCGGUCGACACGCACAUCCCACUGCCCAUGCGGGAGCUGGACAAGCCGUUCCUGCUGCCCAUCGAAUCAAUCUACUCCAUCCCAGGGCGUGGGACGGUGGUGACGGGGACGCUGGAGCGUGGCAUCCUCAGGAAGGGGGAUGACUGCGAGUUCGUGGGGCACAACCGGAACGUGCGCUCCGUGGUGACAGGCAUCGAGAUGUUCCACCAGAACCUGGAGCGGGCCGAGGCCGGGGACAACCUUGGCGCACUGGUGCGGGGGCUGAAGCGGGAGGACAUGCGGCGUGGCAUGGUGAUGUGCAAACCAGGCUCCAUCAAGCCCCAUCAGAAGAUCGAAGCCCAGGUGUACAUCCUCAGCAAGGAGGAGGGUGGGCGGCACAAGCCUUUCGUCUCUAACUACAUGCCUGUCAUGUUCUCCCUGACCUGGGACAUGGCCUGUCGGACCAUCCUGCCCCCUGGAAAGGAGAUGGUGAUGCCUGGCGAGGACACAGCCCUGACCCUCACCCUGCGGCAGCCCAUGGUGCUGGAGGAAGGUCAGCGCUUCACACUGCGUGAUGGCAACCGCACCAUUGGCACCGGUGUGGUCACCAAGACGCUGGAGAUAGGGCCAGAUGAUAAGUGGGGGGCUUAAAAGCCCAGCUGAGCUGGCUCUGCCCCCAGGCCUGUGUCUGCAAACAGUGGGGGAGGAGCUAGUUCUGGCUGGUGUCCCCUACGAACCUGUUUAUCACUGCUGCCCCCGGCAGCAUCAUGGUCACCCAGAGUGGGGUGCAAGCUGCCUGUUGUAUGAACUGCUCUGCCGUGGGGCAACAGAAAUCAAACUGCCCUCCCGUGGUGGCUCUCCUGCCCAGAGCCCCUCCAGUAGGGGCUUAUGCAGCUUCCUGCUGUUUGGUUUCUUUUGUUAAUAAAGGUGCGGAAUCA